AUGGCUCAUGAAAUGAAUUUUUUCCGUGGGAUACCUUUUGGUAGAGGUCGGUUACGGGUUUUCCACUUGCUUUUUGCUGAUGACAGUCUACUUUUUUGUCAAGCUAGUGAAGGAGAUUGGUGUUGUAUCCAAAAAAUUUUGGAUUCAUAUGGAAGGGUCUCAGGUCAGCUUAUAAACAAUAGUAAGACCAGUAUCUAUUUUGGUAGAUUUACUCCAGUUCAUCUUCGAGUUAAUUUAAUGUCUCUAAUUGGUGUUGUUGAGGCUCAAAGGUUUGAUCGUUAUCUGGGGUUACCUGCUAUUGUUGGCAGAUCUAAAAGAAAUGCCUUUUCAUAUUUAUUGGAAAGAAUUCAGAAGAAAAUUUCGAGUUGGUCACAUCGAAACCUCUCACAAGCUGGCAAAGAAGUCUUUGUUAAGGCUGUACUUUAA